AUGGGUGCUGAAGUUGGGUUUCCUGUUGGGAUCGCCGUCUUUUUAGGGCCUCUUCUUUAUAUCAAGAGAUAUAGAGAAUGUUGCCACCAUACACAAUAUUUUGUUUUAAGCCAGUGUUUAGAUAAUGAGAAGUCUAUACUUCUUGAAUUCAAAGACAAUUUCAGGUUCAGCUCCCCCGAUGCUUCAGCCAAGCUAAAGAUUUGGAAUCAAAGCACAGAUUGUUGCCAAUGGAGCGGUGUUGAAUGCGACUCUGAUAGCCGAGUAGCUAGCCUAGAUUUGAGUCGUGAACAAAUUACUGGUAGUAUUGGCAAUUCCAGUAGUUUAUUUCGGUUGCAGCAUCUACAAGUUUUAGAUUUGUCCUCCAACCAUAUCGAGGGGAGCAUUCCAUCAUCAAUCGACAGUCGAAAACUACUUGUAAAUGAGUCUACUAGCACAACUUCUUGCAGGCUUUCUGAUAUGAAUUUGAGCAACAAUAACUUUGACGGUCCAAUUCCAAUGUGGAUUUUUCAACAAUGUAAGUACCUUUUACGUCUAGAUUUGUCUUUAAACAGGUUCGAUGGCACACUAAAGCUAGAUCCUCUUAAUCAAAUAUCGAACAUAGGGCCUAAGUACCCUGGCUUAGAUUUUAGACAUGUGCAUUGGAACUUUUCUUGUAACCGAUUGGUGGAAUUAGAACCCCCUCUCCCAAUCUCAAACUUGACGGAUUAUGGUCACAACAUUUAUAUAGAUCUCCAUUCUAAUAAUUUCCAAGGAAAAUUUCCACCUCUUCCAUUUAAAAUCGCAAAUUUGGAUUGUUCCAACAACAAUUUUACUUCCAUCGACCCAGACUUUGGUAUCUAUUUAUCUAGAACUUUUUUCUUGUCAUUCUCAAACAAUAGCCUGUAUGGGAGCAUCCCUACGGCACUAUGCAAUACCACAUCACUUCGUCUCAUUAACCUAGAGUACAAUUACUUGGAUGGGACAAUUCCGGAUUGUCUCGGUUUUCUGUACUUCCUCACUGUACUUAAUUUGAAAGGAAACAAUCUACGAGGUGUCAUCCCUGCUAAUUUUGGAGAUAAUGUUCGCUACUUGCAAACACUAGACUUGAAUGGGAAUUUUUUUCAAGGACGUGUUCCUCGAUCACUUGCCAAUAUCGAAGGAUUACGGGUAUUAGAUCUUGGGAAUAAUCGAUUUAACGACGUUUUUCCUUGUCACUUGAAAAGGUUGCCCAAUUUGCAAGUUCUCAUCCUUAGAUCUAACGAAUUCUACGGAACAGUAGGCUGCCGAAAGGUUAAUCACUCGAUUUGGCCAAUGCUUCAAAUUAUGGACCUAGCCGUGAAUAAUUUCAGAGGUGAAUUAAGAGCUAAACACCUUUUUAAUUGGAGAUCAAUGAUGGUUGGAACAAGUGACCAACAAUUACAACAAGGUCGUUUGAUAAGUGAUGUAGCACCAGGGUCCUGUGUGAACGUAAAUCAAAGGUACUAUCAAAAUACAGCAACAGUCACGCUCAAAGGUAAUACAUAUGAGCUGCAAUACAUCUUAACAAUCUUCAGCAUCAUCGACUUCUCCAAUAAUUUACUCCAUGGCGAGCUUCCAGUAGAGUUGGGAAAUCUGAAUGGUCUUGUAGUGCUCAACCUUUCACACAACUCUUUCUCAGGCAAGAUUCCUCCAUCGAUCGGUAAUCUAAGCCAGAUUCAAUCUCUAGAUCUGUCUUGCAACAUCUUUAGUGAGAGAAUACCUACACAACUUGCAAACUUGAAUUUCCUCGGGUACUUGAACCUAUCUUACAAUAAGCUGUCAGGAAAGAUCCCAACAAGCACUCAACUUCAGUCAUUCGACGCAUCUUCAUACGAAGGCAACCAAGGACUGUAUGGUCCACCAUUGGCACCAUUUAAUGGAAAUGAAGUUGAUCCAAGAACGAAUUCACAAGGUUCAGAUUGGAGUUCAAAGAGCGUAUUAGAGUGGAUGUUGAUGGGUGCUGAAGUUGGGUUUCCUGUUGGGAUCACCGUCAUUUUAGGGCCUCUUCUUUAUAUUAGGAGAUAUAGAGAAUGGUAUUGCAGUUAUCUUCAUAUACUGGUGAUGAAAAUUCUGUGUAAGGAAGGUUAUGCAAGGCGAAGGAGGAGGGUAAGGCAACAAAGGCGUAGACGUUAA